UCUGAUCUAAAAUGGAAAAACAUGUGGUUGCCAGCUGUUGAUGGGGUUACAAAGACUUUUUGGCUUUGGUUCUUCUCACGCAGCUUCCUCUGUCCCAAGUCCCACGUUGACUUACAAAUACCAAUUUGAUCUAUAAGCCCCAUGGAUUUUGGAUCUUCUUCACCAAAUCCACUGCAAUUUUUGUGAAAAAGUAAGAUCAGAGUGAUGGCUGAGUUUCUAUUGACUUUUGCUGUAGAAGAAGUGUUGAAGAAAGUGGUGAAAGUUGCUGCUGAGCAAAUUGGGCUCGCAUGGGGGUUGGAGAAGGAUCUUGAGGAGCUGAGAGAAUGGCUACUCAAGACUGAAGCUUUCUUACGUGAUAUCAACAAAAGAAAAUUGCAUAGUGAUUCAGUGAGGCUGUGGGUGGACAAACUUCAAGAUCUUGUUCAUGAAGCUGAGGAUCUAUUAGACGAGCUUCUUUAUGAAGAUCUUCGACGAAAGGUGCAAACAGCAAAAAUGAAGAAGGAUUUGAAGAGGGUUGCAAAAUUACAGAAGUUGGACCUCUGAAAAACUUGAAAGGUAGUUUGAAACUUACAAAUUUGGACCAAACUGCAAAAUUGGUGGAAAAGGAGAAUUUACGUGAUCUCGCCUUUAUUUGGAGUUGGGAUUGUCGUAGAAAAGUCAACUAUCACAAUGAUCUGGAAGUACUGGAAGGACUUCAACCACACAAGAAUCUACAAAAUUUGAACAUUCAAUCCUUUCAAGGAAAAUAUUUGCCUAACAAGAUUUUUGUUGAGAAUUUGGUGGCAAUCACUCUAAAAGGUUGUGGAAAUUGUGAAAGGCUUCCCAUGCUUGGACAAUUAACCAACUUAGAAGAGCUUCAUAUUUUUCACUUAAAGAGUGUAACGGAGUAUAGGAAAUGAAUUCUAUGGAAUUGACUCGAACCAAACCACAAUCUUCCCCAAGUUGAAGGAACUUAUAUUGGAAGGGAUUUUGAGCUUAGAGCAGUGGGAAGAAGUGACAGUUGCAUCAAAUGUUACAACUUUUCCUUGUCUUCAAGUCUUGAAAGUCCUCGAAUGUCCCAAAUUGUCGAAUAUUCCAAAUCUUUUCGGGUUCAGUGACGAGAAUGGCGUCAAGCACCUCACAAGUUUGCAAAUUUUGGAAUGUUCUAAACUGACCAAACUUCCAAAUGGGUUAAGGUUUUGCCAUUCCAUUAAAGCCUUGGAAAUACUCCAAUGUUGUUCAUUUCUGAGUCUUGAUUUGGAAAAUAGGGACAUGUUGAGUUCCUUGAGAAUCAUGUUGCCUGAGAAGUUGGCCCAUCUCACCAACUUGAAAAAAAAGAGCAUAUAUGGAUGCAUCCAACAUCAUGGGCCUCUUAACAAAUGUUCUUCUGAAACGCUUUGGCUUAACUUUGGUACCUUGCAACAGCUAUCGAUUCAAAACAUCAGUAGCGUUGAAGCUUUGCCAGCAUGGUUGGAAUACUUCACGUCUUUGCAAAGUUUGUCUUUCCUUCUGCCUAAAUUUCGGAGAUUGAGACUCUUUUCAAGGUUUUCUUGUUGAUUUUUUCUGUUUUUCUCCUUUUCUCUUUUCUUAUGUAAAACUAUGGUAUAAUGGAAAUUGUCAAAGUUUGUGCUCUC